UCCAUCAGGUCAAACGAUCCGAGACUUCUUUUACUUUGCUAUUCGUACUGUCGACUCCUUUCGAAUCUCUAAGCAGCUAACGAGCCAAGGAGCUCCCUGUCCGGCCCCACGUGCGGCGGCAGAUUGGACUGAUUUGCGUGCGUCUCUGUCUUGUCACAAUGCCCGCUCCCCCUCGCAGUUGUGAAAGUGAUCCCGUUUGUUAGCUCAGACAGCCUCUCGUUCCUGCUUCCCAACUCCGUUGCUAUUUUUAGCAAAUCCUACUCGUGUCGCCACAGGCGCUGAUCGCAUCUUUCAGCCUCUGCAGUUUUCAAAACAUUGCCCCCCUCUCGUCUUCUUUUAAUUCCCUCCCAGCCCCUUUCUCGCUGUCCGUCUUUUCACACGUAACGAUGGCAAUAUUUGCAAGAUUGCUUCUACCGAUUAGAAUCUGAGGCCGGCUCUGUGAACCUGAAGGCUGGAGAGGUGUCAUGGAGCUUUGAUGAUAUAAAACAAAUGUGAAACAAGACCUUCCUUGAGAGUUGAGCUUUCCUAAUUCCAGUCCCAUGCUGCUUGGUGUGCCGUAGAGCCAGUCUCCAAAAUGAGCUCUCCAAAGCAUUCAGAUGGGGUUUCUGGACGAGAGCAGCUCUUGGCUCAGCACAGAAUGCACAGCGUGAUCAAUUCAGCAGUGGAAAUUAAGCCAGAAGCACCAAGUGGCCUGGAGUCUGUUACACCGCUGGACCUUCGCACUGACUUCAGGAUGAUGAUGCCAGCAGUGGACACAACUGUGUGGGAGAAACAGUUACAACAAGAACUGCAACUAAUACAAAAACAGCAGCAAAUUCAAAAACAGCUCUUGAUUACCGAAUUUCAAAAACAACAUGAAAACCUGACACGACAGCACCAAGCUCAGCUUCGAGAGCAUAUCAAGUUACAGCAGGAACUUCUCGCCGUGAAACAGCAACAGGAGCUUUUGGAGAAGGAACGCAAACUUGAGCAGCAGAGACAGGAGCAAGAAAUUGAAAGGCAUCGCAGAGAGCAACAGUUUCUGAUCUUGCGAAAUAAAGACAGAAGCAGAGAAAGUGCAGUGGCCAGUACAGAAGUAAAGCAGAAACUACAAGAGUUUUUACUAAGUAAAUCAGCCACAAAAGAUCCUCCAUCAAAUGGAACCAGCCAUUCCAUGGGCCGUCACCCAAAGUUGUGGUACACGGCAGCCCAUCACACUUCUUUAGAUCAGAGUUCACCCCCACUAAGUGGAACAUCUCCUACGUAUAAAUAUAUGCUGCCGGGAGCUCAAGAAGCAAAAGAUGACUUUCCUUUACGGAAGACUGCUUCAGAACCUAAUUUGAAAGUUCGGUCAAGGUUAAAACAAAAAGUAGCAGAGAGAAGAAGCAGCCCACUGUUACGAAGAAAAGAUGGAAGUGUAGUGAAUUCCUACAAAAAGAGGGCAUAUGAUAUAACAGAUACAUCGGUCAGCAGCAGUGCUCCAGGUUCUGGUCCCAGCUCCCCUAACAGUGGCUCCUCUGUGAUGGGAGUAGAGAAUGGAAGUUCAGUGCUACCCCAAGUCCCACACACAGAGCAUCUACUUUCACAUCAAAGAGUUCUGAAACCUGAAGAAUCAAUGACCUUAUUAAGUCUGUACACAUCCCCCUCAUUACCAAACAUUACUUUGGGACUUCCAGCGGCAUCCUCCCCAAUAAAUGCAGCCACCACUUUAAAGGAAAAACAUGUUGAUGUUGCAAUGCAAAAUAUGAGGCACGCUUUGCCAGGCCACUAUCAAGGUGGUGUUCCUCUGCCACCUGGCCUUCCUCCUGUGGCUUUGGAAGCAAAAGUAAAUAACAGUCACCAAGCUCUUCUUCAGCACCUGCUACUAAAGGAGCAAAUGCGUCAACAGAAGAUCCUUAAUAACGUUCCAGGUGCAGUUCCUGUUCACCCUCAAUCUCCACUGACAAUGAAAGACAGACCAGUGCCCAGCAUCAGACACAAACUUCCACGUCACCGCCCUCUGAACAGAACCCAGUCAGCUCCUCUGCCACAGGGAACACUGGCACAGCUGGUCAUACAGCAACAACAUCAGCAAUUCCUGGAAAAGCAGAAGCAAUACCAGCAACAAAUCCAAAUCAACAAAAUGCUGUCAAAGUCUAUUGAGCAGCUGAGGCAGCCAAGUACCAAUCUGGAGGAAUCUGAGGAAGAGAAUCAUAAAGAUCAGCCGAUGCAGGAGGACAAAGCUCCCCACUGUGGCAGUAUUAGGAAUCGCAGCCAUAACAGCAGCUGCACAAGCUCCUCAGAAGAACCUUUUGGAACACACGUGGCAGAUAUAAAAGUGAAAGAGGAACCACUGGACAGCGACUACGAAAGCCUAAGCAAUCAAAGUGAGGCUUCGGAGCAGACAGCAUUUAUGCAACAGCAACUGCAACUACAGGAACAUCAGCACUUUCACCCGCUUCGACUGUACCCAAAUCAGUCAACUCCAGUUGGCAUGUCAAAACCGGACAAACAUCAGCCUGCUUCCAGAACCCAGUCUUCUCCUGCUGCGUCAAUCCCAUCACACCAGUUACCAGACCAGCCUGUCACGCACGCCUUCACUACUGGUAUAGUGUAUGAUGCAGUAAUGCUUAAACAUCAAUGUAUUUGUGGCAACUACACGGAUCAUCCUGAGCACUGCGGGAGGAUACAGAGCAUCUGGUCAAGGCUGCAAGAAACUCAACUGCUUAACAGCUGUGAGCGAAUCAGGGGUCGAAAAGCCAGUUUAGAAGAAAUCCAGCUGGUUCAUUCUGAGCAUCAUUCAUUGUUAUAUGGCACCAAUCCUCUGAACAGGCAGAAGUUAGAUACCAAAAAACUGCUAGGAAUUUCACCGCAGAAACUUUUCACAGUGCUUCCAUGUGGAGGACUAGGGGUGGACAGUGACACCAUUUGGAAUGAGCUCCAUUCGUCCAACACUGCACGCAUGGCCGUUGGCUGUGUCAUCGAGCUGGCUUCCAAAGUAGCCUCCCGAGAGCUGAGGAAUGGAUUUGCUGUAGUACGACCCCCAGGCCAUCAUGCUGAAGAAUCAACAGCCAUGGGAUUCUGCUUUUUUAACUCUGUGGCAAUUGCAGCAAAAUACUUAAGACAAAAAUUGAACAUUAAUAAGGUUUUAAUUGUGGAUUGGGAUGUUCACCAUGGCAACGGUACACAGCAAGCUUUUUUUCGGGAUUCCAGCGUUUUAUAUAUUUCCCUUCACCGGUAUGAUGAAGGGAACUUCUUCCCUGGCAGUGGUGCCCCAGAUGAAUGUGGAAGUGGUCCUGGCGAAGGCUAUAAUGUAAACAUUGCUUGGACAGGUGGAUUGGAUCCUCCUAUGGGAGAUGUGGAGUACCUCAUGGCUUUCAGGACUGUUGUCAUACCCAUUGCUGCAGAGUUUAAUCCAGAUGUGGUCCUGGUGUCAGCUGGAUUUGAUGCAGUAGAAGGUCAUGACCCACCACUGGGCGGGUACAAAGUCACAGCCAAAUGCUUUGGUCACCUGACCAAGAAGCUGAUGAAGCUAGCAAACGGUCGGAUAGUCUUGGCUUUGGAAGGUGGACAUGAUCUUACUGCAAUCUGCGAUGCAUCAGAGGCCUGUGUGAACGCCCUGCUGGGAAAUGAGCUGGAAGCUAUCCCAGAGAGCAUUCUGCUAGCAAAACCAAAUGAAAAUGCUGUGGAGUCCAUCAGAAAGACAAUUGAAAUUCAAAGCAGGUACUGGAAAUCUGUUGCAAAGUAUGCAUCCACAGUAAAUUUAUCUCUUGCUGAAGCUCAGAGAAAUGAAAAAGAUGAAAGUGAUACAGUAACAGCAAUGGCAUCACUCUCUGUUGAAGUUACACAGUCACAUACAAAAGAAGAUAACAGAACUGCCAUUGAGCCAAUGGAAGAAGAGCCGGCUUUGUGAAGUGCCAAGUUCUCCAAGCCAUUUCCUGUGUGUGACAUCAUUGUGUAUCCCCCUCAAGGCACCCACAGACAUGUCUUGUCUGCUGCUUGGGUGGCAUAAAUUAGAUGGAACAGACAUGUAGGGCAGAAAAGCAUUUCACUUGCUCCUCAGAUAUAUUAAAGGGGAUGAGAGGUUGUUGAUCUAAAACCGUCAUGUCCUGUAUAUGUUUAAAUUAAGAUGAUACCAUUGCACUUAAAGUGAAAUUGACCUCUUUUGGGCACCAGUGAUUUAUUUUGUAGCUACAGACCCUUUUUUGUGUGCUUGGAAUCCUACUAUACAAUUGGUGAGGAUUGCAUUUUAGUAUGCAUUAAAUGGAAUAUUUGGUAAGCAGUUCACAAAAAGUAUUUUAUACAAAUGGAAAUGAAUCAAUCAGUUUCUGUUUUUCAUUUGACCCUUUAAAUAUCCUGAAAGUUUAGAAAGCAUUAAAUGAACUGGACACAUUAAAAUAUGAAAAUUAAAGGCUUACUUUUUCCACUUUAAUUUAACACUUAUAAGUAUAAAUUGGGAUUACUUUAUACCACCUAUGGAGUUUUCAUUAAAAGCUCAAUGCACAACUAAUCUAUAAAUGGUUACUUUUUUCCUUUAUAAAAUGUCAUGUUGAAAAUAUGAAAAUAGUAUCUGAGGAAGUUAGACUGGGGUGCAACCUUUGACGAAAUGACAAUAUAUUAUUUUCAUUUGUCUACUGUUGUCAUUAAUGAUAAUUUAACAUACAAAGAUAACAUGUUGUUCACCAAAAUACUUUUGAAUAUGUAAACAAGUGUCUGUUUUAGAAGCUUUGUAGUAAAAUGUUAUGGAAAAAGAGAACAACAGAACAGGAAGACAGAAUGAGAAGAAUCCAUUAAUUUUCUCUCUCUCUUCUAAAGGAGUCCUACUCGGGUGGAUAUGUGACAGAUGAAUGUCACUUUGCCUUAAUAUUAAACUGGAAAAUUCAGAUUUUAUUAGGAAUUUUUAAACUAAACGUCUGACAUAACAUAAUAUACACUAUAAUGUUCAAUGUCUAUGUAAAAUAAUAACCAGUGGCACUUUAAGGACAUUGUAAUUUAUUACAGGCUGAAACUGAUUAUUUUAUUGCAUUUUAUUCCUAACUGUCCAGCUUUCAAGUAUUGCUUCGAAGCCAUAAGAGCACAGCAUCAAACUCUGGUUUAAUAUUUGGAAGGAAACCUUAAUUAGAACAAGCUUUUUUCUCAAAGGUUAUGAUGAUAUGAAAGAUUGAGGAAUGUGGUUUGAGUUACAGGGAACUGAAACCUGUAAAUCAAAGAUGAAAAGAUUUCAUUCAAAUAGAAUUAUAGAUUUCUCUUUUGUCAUCAAGUCAAACUUUUUUUUAGCAUCUGAACAUUCAAAAAGUUAAGGCUUUUUCACAAAGAAGUUCUGUUUUAGAUAAUAAAACAAUAUUUGGGUGAUAUGUGAGUGUGGAUGCCUGGGAUCAUUUGCCCCAUGACAGAAUAUUCUAAUAGAUAUAUUCACACAAACACAAAUCAC